CGCUUCCGCUGCGCGAGGCCGCUCGGGGUCGCUCGCGGGAGCUCGGCGCAGUCGGGAAUCCGGCGGGCCGCGCGACCAGAUGAAGGGCGCGAUGGAGCCGGAGCCCGAGGUGCUGCUUCAGGAAGCCCGCGAGAACGUGGAGGCGGCGCAGAGCUAUCGGCGGGAGCUGGGCCAGCGGCUGCAGGGGCUGCGGGAGGCGCAGAGGCAGAUAAAGGAGAGUGCUUCACAGACAAGAGAUGUCCUCAAACAGCAUUUUAGUGAUUUAAAAGGAACCCUUGGGAAGCUAUUGGAUGAGCGAUUGGUGACCCUUUUGCAAGAGGUGGACACCAUUGAACAGGAGACCAUCAAACCACUAGAUGACUGCCAGAAGCUCAUAGAGCAUGGGGUCAACACUGCAGAUGACCUGGUCCGAGAAGGUGAGAUUGCCAUUCUUGGUGGUAUCGAAGAACAGAGUGAUAAAUUGUGGAACUUUACCAAAAAGGCCUCGCACAUUCAGCUGGACAGCUUACCAGAAGUGCCGUUGCUAGUUGAUGUACCCUGUUUGUCGGCUCAGUUGGACGAUUCCAUUCUUAACAUAGUGAAAGACCACAUUUUUAAGCAUGGAACAGUAGCUUCCCGCCCACCAGUACAGAUUGAAGAAUUAAUAGAGAAACCUGGAGGCAUCAUAGUGCGAUGGUGUAAGGUGGAUGAUGACUUCACAGCCCAAGAUUACAGGCUUCAGUUCCGAAAAUGUACUGCAAAUCAUUUUGAAGACGUGUAUGUAGGUUCUGAAACGGAAUUCAUAGUGUUGCACAUAGACCCCAAUGUGGAUUAUCAAUUCAGAGUCUGCGCCCGAGGAGACGGCAGGCAGGAAUGGAGUCCUUGGAGUGUUCCCCAGACAGGGCACUCCACACUGGUGCCUCAUGAGUGGACAACUGGCUUUGAGGGAUACAGUCUGAGCAGUCGAAGGAAUAUAGCCCUCCGGAAUGAUGCCGAGUCCUCGGGCGUUCUCUACUCCAGCGCUCCAACCUACUUCUGUGGGCAGACACUGACAUUCAGAGUUGAAACUGUGGGACAGCCAGACCGAAGAGACAGUAUAGGAGUAUGUGCAGAAAAGCAGAAUGGCUACGAAUCUCUGCAGAGGGACCAAGCUGUGUGUAUCAGCACGAAUGGUGCAGUCUUUGUCAAUGGAAAAGAAAUGACCAAUCAGUUGCCCGCAGUUACCUCUGGCUCCACUGUCACAUUUGAUAUCGAAGCUGUGACUCUAGGAACUUCUAACAGCCAUGAAGGUGGGAACGCCAAGCUCCGAGUGACCAUCAGCUCCAAUAACCGGGAGGUGGUGUUUGACUGGCUGCUCGAGCAGGCCUGUGGCCCUCUUUACUUUGGAUGCUCGUUUUUCUACCCCGGAUGGAAAGUGCUGGUAUUUUAGCAUUUGAAGGGCUUGGCUUUGAUGUGAGUGUUUGCUGUUUCUGUCCUCAGUUUAGUUGUCUCUGACUUUGAAAAGGUGAGCUUACCUCUCUGUCCACCGGAAAUGAAAAAUGUUUCUGGGUUCACCUUGUAAGGUUUCAGUAAGAAGUGAGCUGAGUGAUGUGGACAAAACCAUAGCUCAGUUUAUGUUUUUAAGUACAAAUAUCAAACUAGCUUUAAAAGUCUGCAUACUUGUUUCCACUGUUCUUCCUGAAGUUGGUUGUUAGAACAGAAAAUGUCACAUUAGUAAGUCUUAUCAAAAUUGAAAGCCAGAAGAAAACAACAGAAGACAACAAGAGGUUCCUCAGUGCUUGUCCAGUCCAGAGUGUUCGCCCCUCUCCACGCCCCCUCCGUGAGUGUCUGGGUCUGAGCCAGCAUCUGUGAUAGCCAGUGUUAGCAUCUUUUCUCUUUACUGGAGUGUGACACAGAGAGGGCAGAGGUCUGCAUUCCUCAAGGUGAAGCUUCUUUUGGAAGAACACAGCAGUGUAGCAGGUCACGUGUGCACAGCAGGCCCCAUGUGCAUCCUUCCUCAGCCGUGCACACGGGCUGUGUGCAGUGUUAUAUAGUCAAUGUAAUGGCAGGUUGAGAACUGGUCUUUUAGUGGACCAAAGAAAUAAAGGAUAAAUACUUGACCUAUUUUUUUUUAAACUUAAAUUUCUGUAAAAUAUUUAUUUGACUUACUUAAUAUGUAAAAAAUCGUGGUCUUGUUAUACCAGCAUACAGAUAAUUUUUAAUGUGAAUUUUUGUUUGUUUUUUAUCAAUAGUAAAAAAAAAAAGUGGAAAAGCAAGUGUGGUAUUUUUGUAAGAUAAUUUAUUUGGGGAUUCAUGUUCCCUUUGGACAAUCAUGACCUUUCUUCCCGUUUUAUGUAUAAGUAAGUGCCCUUUUCAUGUUAGAGGUUCUAGAGUGCCGUAUCCAGCCUUCUGAAACAAAAAUAAAAAAUGAAAAAUUAA